CAACCAGACUUUCAACAUGGUCCUGACUUCGAGAGAUAAAUAGUUAGAAAGACAGAUCAACCUCCCUUUUGCGACAGGACGCCGCAAAGUCCCUCCCCGGAUGCUUUCCUUCAUUCUCUUGGUUCUUGUGGCUCACGCCUUACCAGUCAAAUGUCAAAAUCUACUUCAACACAAAUUAAACAUAAUUAUCCUGGCCGGACAAAGUAACAUGGCCGGUCGUGGAGGUGUAGCCAAUGACACUUCGACGGGCAUUCCAACUUGGGACGGCGUAGUUCCUCCACAGUGCCAACCGAACCCUUCAAUCUUCAGGCUGAGUGCAGACCUGGCAUGGGUUCAGGCCCGUGAGCCAAUCCAUGCUGAUAUUGAUGCCAGGAAAACAAAUGGGAUUGGACCUGGAAUGUCAUUUGCCAACGCUGUGCUGAGCAAGGACCCCAACUUUGGCUUGGUGGGGUUGGUGCCUUGUGCCAUUGGAGGGACCACCAUAAGCGAAUGGCAGAAAGGGGAGUUUCUGUAUGAGCAGUUGGUGAAGAGGGCUCAGAUGGCGUUGCAGAGUGGAGUAUAUAGAGCGAUGCUUUGGUAUCAAGGGGAGACUGAUACAAUAAAUCAAGACGAUGUUGAAUUGUAUAAAGGUAGAUUGAAGAGAUUUUUCAAUGAUUUACGUUCUGAUCUCCACGCACCUAUGCUCCCAAUAUUCCAGGUGGCUCUAGCAUCAGGAGAGGGACCUUACAUAGAAGAAGUGAGAGAAGCCCAGUUAAAAACAGGCCUUCCAAACGUGAAAUGCGUGGACGCCAAGGGAUUACCACUGGAACCAGAUAGGUUACAUCUCACCACUCCAUCCCAGGUGAAACUCGGGGAGAUGUUGGCUGAUGCAUUCCUUCGGUUCAUACCCAGCCCUUUACAAGGCAACGAUGCUUCACCCAAUUUUUCUAGUUUUGUUCCCUAUUUUUUGAUGAUCGUUCAAAUUUUCAGAUGCCUCUGGAUGACCAUUACUUUCAGAUAGAGAUUGGUUCUAAAUAUUUGAUUGUUUCUCUGUAUUCAUACUAACAUAGGAUAAGAAUAAAAAAUAGGUAUUUAUAUGAACUUAGAAUCAGAUGUUGAG